UGCCGCUGCACAGUUGCUGGAGACAUUUCUAUGCCUGCUGUUUCCUAAGACCUCUUCUUACUUGCCUUUAUUAUCUCCUAGGGGAAGCUAAGAAACAAUAAAGUGAUUAUAUUUCUGUGUUCCCCAAAGAACAUUUAGGACUGAUACAAAGAACCAAUACAUUUAGCUUGAGAGCCUGAAAGUUUCCACAAGAGUGCUACCGAGCAGUUUGAAGCUGAAGGCUUUUUUUUCUUUUUGGAGGUUUUCCCCUGCAGUCAUUGGUGACCACCGACUCUGCAAAGAAAAAUGAGCAUUCAGUAACAUCACUUCCCUGGUUGCAGCAUGUUCAGUUGGCUGGGUCAUGAUGAAAGGCGAAGAAAAGACCCUGAAGUAUUCCAGACUGUUAGUGAGGGUCUUAAGAAACUCUAUCGAACCAAGCUUCUCCCUUUGGAAGAACACUACAAAUUCCAUGAAUUUCAUUCACCUGCCUUGGAAAAUGCAGAUUUUGACAACAAGCCUAUGGUCCUACUUGUGGGGCAAUACUCUACUGGGAAGACCACCUUCAUAAGGUACCUUCUUGAACAAGAUUUUCCUGGGAUGCGGAUUGGACCAGAGCCCACCACAGACUCCUUCAUUGCUGUGAUGCAGGGGAACGUGGAGGGCAUAAUUCCUGGAAAUGCACUGGUAGUGGACCCUAAAAAGCCUUUCAGGAAGCUGAAUGCCUUUGGCAAUGCCUUUUUGAAUAGAUUUGUAUGUGCUCAGCUGCCGAACCCAGUACUGGAAAGCAUCAGUAUUAUUGAUACUCCAGGAAUCCUUUCUGGGGAGAAACAAAGAAUUAGCCGAGGCUAUGAUUUUGCUGCUGUCCUAGAAUGGUUUGCAGAGAGGGUUGACCGCAUCAUUCUUCUCUUUGAUGCCCACAAGCUAGACAUCUCAGAUGAAUUCUCAGAUGUCAUCAAAGCCUUGAAAAACCAUGAGGAUAAAAUGAGGGUUGUACUUAACAAAGCAGACCAGAUUGAGACCCAGCAGCUUAUGAGGGUUUAUGGUGCUCUCAUGUGGUCUCUGGGGAAGAUUGUCAACACCCCUGAGGUGGUCAGGGUCUACAUCAGUUCCUUCUGGUCACACCCACUGCUUAUCCCAGAUAAUCGGAAGCUCUUUGAGGCUGAGGAGCAAGACCUCUUCAGAGACAUCCAAAGCUUGCCUCGCAAUGCAGCCCUUCGGAAAUUGAACGAUCUUAUUAAACGGGCACGGCUGGCUAAGGUUCAUGCUUACAUCAUUAGCUCACUUAAGAAGGAAAUGCCAUCAGUGUUUGGUAAAGACCAUAAGAAGAAAGAACUUGUGAACAAUUUGGGAGUGAUCUAUGGACGGAUUGAGCGGGAGCAUCAAAUUUCACCAGGAGAUUUUCCUAAUCUGAAAAAGAUGCAGGAGUUGCUGCAGGCUCAAGAUUUCAGCAAAUUCCAACCUAUAAAAACCAAGUUACUGGAUGCUGUAGAUGAUAUGCUGGCCAAUGACAUUGCACAGCUCAUGAUGCUGGUGCGCCAGGAGGAAUCCCGCAGGCCUAUCCAAAUGGUGAAAGGUGGAGCUUUCGAAGGGACACUUCAGGGCCCAUUUGGACAUGGCUAUGGUGAAGGAGCAGGAGAAGGAAUUGAUGAUGCAGACUGGGUGGUAGCCAGAGAUAAGCCCAUGUAUGAUGAGAUCUUCUACACGCUGUCACCCAUUGAUGGGAAAAUAACUGGUGCUAAUGCUAAGAAGGAGCUAGUGAAAUCCAAGCUUCCUAACACAGUGUUAGGCAAAAUAUGGAAACUCUCUGAUAUUGAUAAGGAUGGGAUGCUGGAUGAUGAAGAGUUUGCUUUGGCUAAUCAUCUUGUAAAAGUCAAGUUAGAAGGCCAUGAGCUCCCCAGUGACCUCCCAGUUCAUCUCAUCCCACCAUCUAAAAGGAAUGUAGCAGAGUAAGAAGCCUUGAGAAAGAAAUUUAGGAAAGGAGGGACAUCUAUUGAGGUGUGAGGCCAUCUGUGGAUUACAAAAGUUUUGCCCUUGCAGGGGAACCUGAAACUUAAUUAAAUUGAGUAGUUCCUCUUUGUGAUUUCCAAUUAACUUUAUUUUUGUAGCUCUUCCUUCUUGAUGUAUGUUGUUAAAAGAAAGUGAUAUCAGGGUUUAAGGGAAUGAAGUUUGCUGUGAUCUAUACAUUUUAAUGUGGAAAGCUUUAUUGUUCAGUACUGGUAGAAAUUGUCACUGGAUUUGUCUCUGGUGGGACUGGAAUCACUGACAGAAUCCCAAGCCCCCCUUACCCCAAAAAAGAGAAGAUGAAACAUACCACUGGUGGAAGCUGGUCCUUUUAACUUACCUCUGAACUAAAGCAUUCUUGUGGAGUAGCCAUCUAUUUCUGUUCAGUCUCUUUAGAGAGUCUCUCUCCCUUUCUCUCAAUAUUUCUCUCAAUAUCUC